UAGAUACUCAUACCGGGGGUUCCCCUUAUAAACAAUUUGGAAUAAGUGGUUCGAUUCACAAAUUUAUUUUUAUUUUAUAAGACGGAUUGUUAACUGGUUUUUGAACUUGUAUAUAGCAGACUGUGACCACAGGAAUUCAUCAUUAUUAUGAAACCUAUGGAAAUGUGUAAAUUACAAUUGUAUAUAUACGUGUUUGGACUAACCACUGUCCUGGCUGUUGUUCGUGAAAAUUCAGAUAUCCAGUAUAUUACUAGAUUUAUUGGAAAUAAGAGGAGGUUAUGUAUUCCAGUUGUUAAUUGUCCACCAGGACAUGAGAUUUUACCAUGUAGUUAUGAUCAUACCAAAGAUAUAUGUACACCUUGUCCAUUGGAGUUGGUCCAACCUAAUUACAUCCAAUCAACACAGGAUCCAAAACAAACAGAAUGCUUUGAAAACAAAAACAAGGAUAAAUGUCAUGCAUCAGAUAUUGAGCCAAGUCGUACUUCCAAUGCUAAAAUGUGUAGCUAUGCCAAGUUCUGCCAGUGUAAUACUGACGAAUGUUACUAUGGAGAUCCAUGCGCGUGCAUGAAAAAGAUGGAGACAUGUGGUGUUGGAGAAACUUUAAAUGAAAAUGGCACAUGUGUGCAUUGUCCGUUUGGUACAUGGAAGAACGAAACAGGUUGUGGCCCUUGUAUCAGCACAGGUGGUAGUGUUGUAGUCAAAAGCUCCACGGUACAGACUACAAAGAAGCCUGUUAAAAGGGAGGAAAAUAUUAAAGUUGGCACAACAGAAUCUCACAUACUAUCUACAGAGAAAUCAGAGAGUACCACUACCCAAACGAAAGAAUCGUUUUCGAUCCCCUCAGUUGCACGCGUAACUAUGGAGCCUUCAUCUAGCUGGUUAGUUGCCAUCGUAAUAGUUUUGGUACUAAUGGUAGUUGUGGGAAUCAUUCUGAUUGCAGGUGUACUACUGAAGUACACAAGACAAAAGAAAGAUGGUGAGAUUAAGAGAUUAUUACUUUUGUUAUACUAG